AUGGCUGACAAAAAUGGUGAAGUCGUAGGCUUUGUAUGUCAACGAUGUUGUCAACCAGUUCGAUUAGAUCCAUCAUUUGACCAAGAUUUUACAGAUUAUGGAUUAGAUGAAGGGGAUAACAGUAGCAAUAAAACAAUUGACAAAGAACAUGCUAAUAGAUAUGAAGAGGAUGAAGUUGAUCGUUUAGUAGUCAGACGUAGCCAAGAAGAAAAAGCAAAUUUUGAAGCUGCUGAAGCCCAAGCUAAAUCUUAUAACGAUAAAAUAAAAUCACGGGCCAAGCUAUUCGAUAUUCUAUCUUCACAAUCUGAAAUUGAUCAUCCAUUAUGCGACGAAUGUGGUGGAUUAUUACUAGAUUUUCUCGAUCAAGAAUUAGAUGCAGCUGAAGUUGAUUGUAGAACUUACAGUGCAUUUUUAGAUAGUUCCGACAAGGAUGGAGAGGAGGAUAUUGAAAGUUUGCAAGCGGAAUUACAAAAACUAAAAGCGGAAGAAGAAAACUUGCAAAAGCAACUUAAAGAAGGAGAAAAGGAACGAGAAAGUCUGCUAGAGGAAAGAGAAACACAAAAACAAGAGGCGUUACGAUUAGAUCAAGAAGAAGAAAAUUUCAUGUUAGAGUACCAUUCAUUAGAAAAGCGAAGAAUUGAAUUUGAAAAUGAAGAUAGAAGUGUUGAUUACCAAAUGAUUUACGCCCAGUUACAAAUAGAAAGAUUAAAGCGAACAAAUAUAUUUAACUGCGCGUUUCAUAUAUGGCAUAGAGGCCAUUUUGGCACAAUAAACAAUUUUAGACUUGGACGCCUACCGACGGUACCGGUUGAAUGGAAUGAAAUUAACGCUGCAUGGGGUCAGACGGCAUUAUUAUUACACUGCCUAGCAAAGAAAAUUGGUUUUACAUUCUUAAGGUAUCGAUUGGUACCUUAUGGAAGUUAUUCCUUUAUUGAGCCCUUGUCUGACAAGUCGCGACAAUUAACACUGUUUUGUAACGGAGGAAUUCGAUAUUUAUGGAAUUCAAAAUUUGAUCUAGCAAUGGUGGCCUUCCUAGACUGCUUACAACAGUUUAAAGAAGAAGUAGAAAAACAUGACUCUGGAUUUAGCUUGCCUUACAAAAUGUCUAAGGGAAAAAUUGAAGAUUCUAGUGGAUCUGGAGGAUCUUACUCAAUUAAGACACAAUUUAAUUCUGAGGAACGCUGGACAAAGGCGUUGAAAUUUAUGUUAACAAAUUUGAAGUGGGCUCUUGCCUGGGUUUCUUCCAAAUGCUUAGAAAAUGAUUAA